CAGAUUGUCAUUCUGAUACAAAGAAUUAUGAUAAAAAGCAUAUUGCAAUUGUGCUACAUACUAUUACGAAGAAUUAUCUCAUUACUGGUGUGAUUGGCUUAAAUCUCUGAAAGACACAAAAGGCCUCCCUCACUCCUGCGGACAGAUUUACAAACAUUUUCCGUGGCGACGUGGUAGGCAGUCUGGCAGUAAUGGCAGCAUCGAUCGAUGUAUUUACCUGACCACCUGGCUACGAGCGAAAGAAACGACAAUCGGUUCCUAGUGCUCAAAGCGGCAUACUCGUUACGAUAUAAAUAAACGAGGAAUACAAAGUGACACGUGAAAGAACAUGACAAACAUGGCUCAGACGAAGAAAGAUAUUUGGGCAUCUCCAGCAACGAUUCUAUCGAAUUUCGAUGUCGACGCCGAUGGAAUGUUGAACUAUAUGGAGUUUCAAACGCUUUGCGCCCAUUUAUUUGGCACGGACGAGGUCAAAGAGCACGAGUGGCGAGUACGAGAGAUUUUCGAGCUAUUCGACGUGGAUAGAGACGGUACGUUGAACGAGCAGGAUUUAUACAGAUGCUAUGAAUGGAUACAUGCGAUGGUAUAUCCCGUAAAUGUUUUAUUGAUCGUCGACGUUCAAAACGAUUUCAUUGAUGGCACAUUGGCUCUUCGAAAAUGCGGCUAUGGGCAAGACGGAGUAGAAGUAGUAGAACCGAUAAAUCGACUUUUAAAAGACGGUCAUUGGAAUAAGGUAAUAUAUUCGCAGGAUUGGCAUCCCGAGGAUCAUAUCAGCUUUUUUGACAAUUUGGCAAUGCGCGAACUUCAUCCCGAAUCUAAGAUUACUAAGAAAAUGGCAAAACCUUUUGAUACCAUCGUUUUUUUGCAACCUCAUAUAACGCAAAUACUUUGGCCAAGACAUUGCGUUAUGAACACCUGGGGCGCCGAUUUGCAUAAAGAUUUACUGAUCGUACCUUCUUCUGAACUGGUGCGUAAAGGUUGGCAUUCUGACAAAGACUCAUAUUCAGCAUUUGGAGAAAAGGAUACUGAUGGUAUCUCAGAGCUUGUAAAAAUUUUGUCGAAUAUUCGUUGCACGCAUUUAUAUGUUUGCGGUAUAGCUUAUGAUGUAUGCGUGAAAGAGACAUGUCUGAAUGGUUUACGAUAUGGUUAUCGGUUAGCCGUCGUUGAUGAUUGUUGUCGUGGCGUAAAACCCGAUGAUAUAAUGAUUUCCAAAAAUCUGAUUACCGAGAACGGCGGUUUAAUAACGUCUAGUGAUUACGUUUUGUCCUUGGUAAACGAAAAUAAACAGAGCCUAAUAAUGGCGCAUCAUGCUGCCAGAAGCAGAUAAAUGAUACGAACCUGCCAUCACCAAUGACAGACUGUUUAGUAUCUAGAUGGACUGGUCUAGCACUGUUAGCCCAGAUCCAUACAAGUCCUGGAUUUAGACCUCCCGUCCAAAAAUUUUUACCCUUUAAUUUUGAAUCUGACAUCAAACCAGCG